AUGGAACGUACCGGUGUCGCUAAAGCGGCGCAAGCAAACUCCAUUUUCGAAUUCGAGGGUUAUGUGAAUGAUGACGAAGAAGAGACUCAUGAACGUGAAACAGCUAUUGAUCCGAUUUGGGAAAAACAGCAAAAGAAGACCUUCACUGCUUGGUGUAAUCUUCAUUUGAAAAAAAAAGGAACAGAGAUUUCUGUUAUUGAGGAAGAUUUCCGUAGUGGUCUGAAGCUUCUGGUUCUCCUAGAAGCCAUUUCAGGAGAGGUGUUGCCGCAACCCGAACGUGGCAAACUGCGUGUUCACAAAAUAAUAAACGUUAACAAAGCAUUUGCUUUUAUUCAGAGCAAAGGUGUUAAACUUGUUGGGAUUGCUGCAGAAGAAAUUGUCGAUGGAAAUGUUAAAAUGACACUUGGCAUGAUAUGGACGAUCAUUCUCCGUUUUGCUAUUCAGGAUAUUCAAAUCGAAAACUGUUCUGCAAACGAUGGUCUACUUCUUUGGUGUCAGCGUUCAACGGAACCCUAUCCGGAAGUUAAUGUGAAGAACUUUAAUACCAGUUUCAAGGAUGGCAAAGCCUUUUGUGCUAUUAUCAACCGCUACCGUCCUGAUGUACUUAAUUUUGAUGAAGUCGCCAAAGCCUCCUCUAGGGAUGCUCUUACAAAAGCAUUUGAUGUUGCUGAGCAAAGUCUGAGUAUUCCUAAGAUGCUGGACGUGGAUGACAUGCUCGAGUCUGUUAAACCUGAUGACCGCUCGGUCAUCACAUACGUUUCGUGCUUUUUCCAUCUAUUUGCUGAAGCAGAGAAGGCAAGUGCCGCCGCUACUCGUAUCAAGAAAUCAAUAGAACUUAGUCAGAUGGCCGAUCAGCUCUGUGAUACAUACAACGGGCUUUUUACUGACCUCAAAGAUUGGAUUAUAAAGAAAAAGGCAGCUUUUGAUCAUCGCGAACCAAACUUAAAACUCGAAGAAGUUAACAAGUUUCUGGAAGAACUGCACCAAUACCAGACUGAAGAAAAACCUGCAAAAAUUGAAGAGAAAUCUCGUCUCGAAACCACUUUUCGCACUUUACAAACUCGCCUACGCCUCAACAAUCGUCCGCCAUUCCUCCCAGCAGAUGGAAUGCUAAUAGCUAAUAUCAUAAUUCUAUGGAAGGAGUUAGAAAUUUGCGAAAAAAAUUAUGAGGAGUGGCUUAUGGGCGAAAGAAAAAGAACGACGAUCUUGGCCUACUGGCUGUCUCGUUUCGAAGUUAGGUGUAAAACUUUCGAAGCCUGGAUUGAUGGGAAGUCUGAAUAUCUGCAAUCCUCCGAUUACUUAGAAUGCACCGUGGCUGAGGUGCGUCCAAUGCUAAAAAAGCAUGAAGCGUUUGUCUCCGAUCUCAUGGCUCAGCAGGGUCGUGUUGAGCGUAUCGAAUCUAUCGCUCAGGAGAUUAGGAACCUUGGCUACUCCGAUAUGCCAUCGAUUGACAAUAGGUGCAUGCAAAUCAAAAGUAGCUGGGACUCUCUUAAGAAACUUUCUGAUAAGCGCCUUCAAAAUCUCUCGGAUUCCCUUGUUAUCUUGGAGAAAAUCGACACCAAACACCUUGAGACUGCGAAGCUUUCAGCCCCAUUCCACAAUUGGAUGCAGCAAGCAGAGGAGGACUUACUCGAUAAGUUCAUUGCCCAAUCCACAGCGGACGUUGAGAAAUUGAUAAACACUCAUGAGGAAUUUGAAAAGUCUUUGAAAGAGAAGGAAGAAGAGUAUGCAAAGAUCAAAAACCUGGAAGUCGAGAUCGACGAGCUUUGUAAACAACUCAACAGGGAUUCUAUCGAAAAUCCUUAUAGCAAUGUAACCACGGUGAAGCUGCAUUCUGAGUGGCAGACUACGCAGAAACUGACCGAUCAGCGCAGGAUUGAAUUGGAAAACGAGAGAAAGCACUGGUUGGCUAGCGAAAAAAUGCGGGAGCGUUUCAUUCAACUGGCGACAGAGCUCAACGCCUGGCUCGAGCAGACCCAGGGACGUCUGAAUAACGUUGGACUCGGUGACGCCUCCCUCGAGGAGCAGGCCAAGCUCCUGGCCACCCUGGGCGAGGAGCUCGCGGCCCAGCGACCCAAGCUCACCGAACUCGAGGAGUGCCACCAGCAAUUGCAAGAUUCCUACGAAAAUCUUGACUUCCCCGUGCCAAUGGCGACUCUUCGUUCCGUGUGGAACCAACUGUCAACGGGCUUAACGUACACCAGCAACGAAGUGGAAAAUCAGAUCUUGACACGUGAUUCUAAAGGUUUAAGCAAGUCGCAGUUGGAUGACCUCCGUCGCUGUUUCAAUCACUUUGACAAAGACAAGACUGGUCGCCUUGAGUGCCCCGAGUUCAAAGCAUGCCUCGUCUCCAUCGGUCACUCUAUCGUCGCCGAGGACAAAAAGCAGUCCGAUGAGGAUAUUCUGAAACUAAUGAAACAACUGGAUCCCAAUUCGAAUGGCUCCAUAGCUUUCGAUGUCUUUGUGGACUACAUGACUCGUGAGCUCACGGACUUGGACACUUCUGAUCAAUUACUUCAGUCUUUCCGCACAAUAUCAGGCGAAAAGGGCUAUCUGACAGAGGCGGACCUGCGCCGAGAGCUUUCUCCCGAGCAGGCGGACUACAUCCUCUCGAAGCUUCUGCCGCUGAACAGUAGACCUGCUGGAGACAAUGGUGCCCUUGACUUCGAGCGCUACGUUCUCGCCAUCUACGGCACAAAGUAG